AACCAAGUACUCUAUAAUAUAAUAUAAACGUCCUGCCUCUGAUCAACUUCGCUUGUUCUUUCAUCAACGACUUCACACUUCUUAUCUGAACUACCCCUAAUUUUUGCAAGAUCAAACACAAUGGCCGGCUCCUGGUUUCGAUCGCUCAAGCCCUUCUUGAUGGGGUUGCUUCUCGUCACUGCCUACUCAUCAUUCAUCCUCGACAUCAUCAUGAUCAUCAAGGUACGACACUACAGUAACACAUAUCCUCCCGCGGUAGUCGCGUUGCUCGUCUGUUCUCUUCUCGAGGCCUUGUACUGUUUGUGUCUAUUGGUCAAGUCUGGCAGGGGUGCUGCUUUCAGAGCCAGUGCUGUUGCGGGAGCGCUUGCGUUUUUCGCUUGUUUCAGCUUUGCUUGUGUUGUCGCCACCACUGUUUUGCGACACCACCGCCAAUACUGCAACCCUGACCUGGAAGACAACAGCGAUUUGUGCGGUGUUCUCAGGGGUACCAUGGGUCUCGGUUGGAUGCUGUUCGGUCUUAACCUCAUCUGGCUCUGUCUCAUGCCUGUUCUCGUUUCGGGCCAAGGCACUUGGUCUCAUUACUACAACGACCUUCCUUAUGAGGAACGUGACAUUGAGGAAGAGAAGGCCCCUGUGCACUAAACAGGUGUUCGACCGUAUGGUGGAGAUCGAGGUCAGGAGGAUAAUGGUAAAGACACAAUAGACUCUAAAAGCUGCUUUCGUGGAAACAGGAAUUGUAGCCGUGGCAUACAUCCUUAUAAUCUUGAACAUACUAUGCAUAUUAAUGGCUACAUUCA